GGCUCCACCUCCAUCGAUUGGUAUGUUUCUCAGAUCCAAAUGCGGUCUCACUACUGCUGAUUUGUUUUCAUUAAUUCUUUUUGGCUUGGCGAAUAAAUUAGGACAAAUGAGGCAUCAUUGCGGGCCAUCUGAAUUGUGACCAGCGGGCAGCAGCAGCGGCAUGCGACACCACCAGCGGAUCAGCACCACCUGGCCAGCGUUGUAAGGGAUUCCCUCCCCGAGAGCCACCGAUUCCACUUGAGAUCCAAUUCCCAAUUCGAAACCAAAAUCAGCGGAGCACCCGCACACCAGCGAGCAAGUGGUUGCUACAUGAUCCGGCGACACUCUGCCCCUCCCCCGGCCGCCAGGCACCACCUCAAUGUAAAUGUUAAUUAAAGCCAAUUGAGCGCACACCCAAAAACACGCACCAAGCCGAAAACGAAUACGAAUACGAAUCACUCACCCGGAGGAGAAGGCUCCGUUGGACAAGAUUCCGCGCCUAACCUGUUCAGGCAACGACGGCGGUGGCGGCUGCGGUGUUGGUGGUGCAAUAAAUGGACAUAAUUGCUCUAAUUGGACAGAGCAGCAGCAGCAGCAGCAGCAGCAGUGGCAGUGGGAACGGAGGAGCACCAGCACCAGCACCAGCAACACCCCCCCGGACAAUAGGAUGGCACAAUUCACACUCUACAACAAACACAGUGCGCCGCCCAAUAGCGACAGCACACGUGUGGACUGCGAACACGUACCGCUGUGCUCCAUUAAUGAUGUGCAGCUACGGUUCCUGGUGCCCGACGAUCUAACAGAGGUGCGCCAGCUGUGCCAAGAAUGGUUUCCAAUCGACUAUCCACUAUCAUGGUAUGAGGAUAUUACCUCAAGCACGCGCUUCUUUGCGCUGGCAGCUGUAUAUAAUCUGGCCAUAAUUGGUUUAAUCGUUGCCGAAAUCAAACCCUAUCGAAAUGUGAACAAGGAGGUAAUAGCCAAUAUGAGUGAUAGUGAUGAGUUGUACACCAGGCUGAGCGGUUUUCCCAUGCAGGACAAGGGCAUCCUGCCGGACUCGAUGGGUCGUUCCGCCGAUGUCGGGUAUAUACUGUCGCUGGGCGUCCAUCGUUCGCAUCGACGCAAUGGUAUCGGAUCGCUGCUACUGGACGCGCUCAUGAACCACCUGACGACAGCCGAGCGGCAUUCGGUGAAGGCGAUCUUCCUACACACGCUGACCACCAAUCAACCUGCCAUAUUUUUCUACGAGAAGAGAAGAUUUACGCUUCACUCAUUCCUGCCCUACUAUUACAAUAUACGGGGCAAGGGCAAGGACGGAUUCACCUAUGUGAACUACAUUAACGGCGGCCAUCCACCCUGGACACUAUUAGAUCACAUCAAGCACUACGCGUCGAAGGUGCGGCACACCAGCAGCCUGUGCGCCUGGAUGGCCGGACGAGUGCAGCAGGUGGUGCGGUGGUUAUACCACAAGCUGCUUACUCGCUUCAACUUCAUCGAGUGAAUCGACAACAGCACACAACUGGCCACGCAUUCACAUCCUUCCUCGGCACACGAGCACUUUGAGGGCGAUGAUGAGUGUGUCCGCCGCAUUAUGUCAUCCCGUCGAGCAUAAACAGAAACACAAACAUCUAUAUGUACUAUGGCACCCAC